CAGUGGCGGCGUCGGCGGUAACGUCGGAAGAAACACAAGCAGAAGAGAUGUGCUGUUUUGGUUGAUGAUCGUGUUGUGUGUACUACUAGAAGACAACGGCGUGGAUCUUGGCCAGAAGUGAGUGAGAGACAGAGAAAGAGAGCGAGGACGGGUCGGGCCGGGAGUGUGGCCGGUUGGAUACUCCAAGACGUGCGCUCUCCGUUUGCUAUGGUCGGUGCUGUUGUUGCUGUUGGUGGUGUUGUCUUCGAGUCGAGAGGAGUCAUCGCGCGCGCCAACCAGCCAGCAGAGCCAUGACACGACGGUAUGAUAUAACGUUUUUGGUCGGACCUAGCACAUUAGAUGCAAACGGACUGUCGCGAAGUGAGGAUGUCAUAGUGGGAAGUGCUUGACUUUUUUGCGCUGCUACGAAUCGGCUACUUCGCGCGAACGCUCGGUGCGUCUUCAUUCCUGCGGCGAGCCUGGGUCCAGUGAACGCGACUGUUGACCCCGGACUUGAUUCGGUUCCAACAAUCAAUCAAAACUACUAGUGAUCUAGCUCAAUUGUAUACAAUCUCGUUGAAACGGAAAUCAAAUCGCUGUGCUUCAGUGCUCAAUCGGAAUAUCGGAACGCCAAAAAUUCCUGAACCCUUGCUGUUAGAAAAAUCCAUCAAACAAAAACAAAAACAAGUGCAGCAAAAAAAAGGAUGCGUUUGUAUGCGAGGUGAAACUCUGCGCCCAAGUGUGGCUCAGUGAAUCCUUACUUCGAGAGGAUACUUGUCGCUGUCUCGCUGGCAGAGCCCAACCAAAAAAAAAUAUAUAUACAGAAGUGAUCCAGUCAGAACAUCCGGAAGACAACAAGAAGCAACAAAGUGUGUGAAAGGAGCAAAACCAAAAAAAAACGCGGCGUGAUUGUUUGCGUGUGAAAGCGACGAGGGGAAAUUUUCAACUGUCUAUCUUCUUUGUCAGUGCAAUACGAAAAAAAAACGGAAGAAUCCUUGAAUGAAAAACCCCCUCGCGCUCGGUGGAAGUUAAUUGAGUGAACGAACGAACCUACCAGGGAUGAUUCGGAGAUAAAAAAUUUCCAAGAAAAAAAAACCACCCAUCGGUGCUAAUUGUGAAGAGUCGCCUCACGAAUACUAUUAACCGAAGUGAGACCGGAAAGAGAGUGUUCCUUUAUUUUUUAUUCAAACAAGAAAAAAGUGCGGCACCAGUGUUUUUUUUUUUUCUUUUUCCCAUUUACAAUCGCGUGGAAAAUCGCGGAAAAUCAGCUGCUUUACGCGGAAACAGUGCGAGUAACAAAAAAAAAACGCAAUCUGUAGUAAACGGUGACGAUCCUUGGUGUGGUGUGGUGUCUGUGUGCAGUGCGAAUAAAAUAAAAAAAAAAAACAAACGACGAAGGAAAAAUACAAAAAAGGACGACGACGACGUGCCGCUGCCUGCCGCCGUCCACUCAAACAGCAAAGUGAAAAAACAACAAUCCUGCCAAAAUGAGAAUUAAAAUGCCAGCUGUUCGGAUCGCACAAGAUUCAGACACCGGAGAAUCUGAAGGCACUCAAGAUAUCCUAACAUGCGGGUCCUGUCAGAAAACGUUCGCUCUCUCCGACAUUGUGCGAUUCAUCCAGCACAAAGUGCUGCAGUGCAACAAGGAAAACUACGGCCAGUGCUACUCGCAAGCCACCGCCGGUGACAGGGACUCGGACGAUGGACGACCUCUGACGUUGGCCAAUUCGCGGCGGCCCUCCAUCUCAGCUCCCAUCUCGGCUCGGAAACCCAGUGGGUCCCGGGUCCACACACCACCACCGACCAGCCCCGCCGAACUACUGCGGGACGGUGCUUCCAGUACGCCGAAACGGCUCAACGAAGAAUCAGAAAUCGCCUCCACCUCCCGGUGUCCAUCGAGCACCAGCCCGCUGCUCGGUACCGCCAGUAGCAGUGGCGCCGAAGAUGGUGAGGAGCAGCCACAAAGCAACAAACUGACCACCGGCCCUGCGCCGGUCAACAUCAUCGCAAUCAAACAGGAGCAACCGGAAUCCGACGUGGUCCACAGCAAUGAAGACGACGACGACGAAGACCGGCAGGCAUCAUCGAGGACAGAUGAGCCCGCUUCGAAAAAGCCCCGUACCACCAGCAGCAGUACCAGCCCCACCGCCGCCGCCUCCGAGGUUGCAGACGCCGAGUCUAACACUACCAGCAGCGAGCCCAGCAACUACGUUUGCAGUACGUGCAAAACCAAAUACCAUUCGGCGUGGCGGCUGGUACAACAUGUCCAGCACGCCCAUCGGGUGAAGAUCUACGAGGUGGUAUCGCUGAUCGAUGACGACGACGAUGACGAAGACGACGGAGACGAACAGGAGGAAGGUGAGAAUGAACCUACUGCUGUUAAACCUGCUGCCGGAACAAACAACGAACCGGAAGGCGAUAACGAUGAUGACAGACCAGCAGUCAACGAACCGGAAUCGUUGGCCCAGAGCGGUAAAUCCCAUUCCAUGAAUAACCUUAGUGGUAGUUCGAACUGUUCCAGCAACAAUACCAGCGGUAGCGGUAGCUCUCGGGGUAGCGGAAUCAAUCUGCUGCAGAAUCAGCUGCAACUUCCACCACAGCAACAGCAACAGCAUCAACAACAACAACAGCAACAGCAACAGCAACAACAACAACAACCACCACGUGAUUCCCAAAGUCUUCCACCGCCGGGCUUGAGACAUCAUCCGCUUCUUCCACCGCCCGAGAUGCACCCCAAUCCCUUCGGUUUGUUGCGUAUGCCCUUGAAUCACCAUCCCCAUAGUCCGCUGUUUGGCCGCGGUCACCAUGACUUUCGCAUGGAACAUCUCAUGUCCGAGCAGUUUCGCAACCAUGGUCUCAAUCUUGCAGCGGCUGCAGUCGCGGCGGCCAACCAACUGAAAACCCACAAUCAACAGUUCAAUGCGGGUGGCAACCCAACAACCGAACGGCCGCCCUCAUCAGGGAGCAUCUCCCUACCCGGUGGUACCCAAGGUUUGGUUCUCGAACCCCAUAUGGAUUUUUACUCACAGCGCUUGCGGCAACUCGCGGGUACCACCAGUCCCGGGACUAAUCAAAAUACCUCCAACUCUCCCAGUCCCCGCAAGCAGCAUUCCCCUUCCUUCGCUAGUCCCUCGCCCUCCCAGCUUCCGCCGACUCCUCUGACCAACAACUCUCGACCGCAAAGUCUAACCCCGCCGGAGAAGCACACCGAUCUGGGGGGACUCGAUUCCGGCACCAUCACCAACACCCCUCGGUCGGCUUCGACCCCUCCGAACAAACAAAGCCAAAGCACCGAUGCGAUCCAUUCGUGUGAAUACUGCGGCAAGAAGUUUCGCUUCCAGAGUAACCUGCUCGUGCACCGCCGGACGCACACCGAAGAGCUACCGUACAAAUGUACCGGCUGCGAGUAUUCCUGCAUCGACAUAAUGAAACUGAAACAGCACAUGAAAACUCACGGAAUCCCCAGCGAAGACGGCAAUAGCAAUAUGGGAAGUAUGGGAUCCGAUAUGGAUGAUUCGGAUAACGAACUGAUGGAUGCGGAGGACAUCGAUGAGGACGAUAACGACGACGACGACGACCGGGAUGAAGCGAUGGGCGAGGAAGCGGAGGAUCUCAGCAUGAGCAGUACCCAGAGCCAUGCCAAGAAAGACGGCCAAGUGCACAUGCAAUCCUCCCUGGUUGGGGAGUUGAUGGACAAGUUCGGACUGUCCAACAUUGCUCAGUACUCUGAGGCCUACAAACAAGCCCUACAGGAGUCGGGAAACGCGUUGAAGCUGCAGCUGACCAGUAAAGAUCGAGAUAACAACAAUAGCGCCAUGGCCAUCCCCGGAUUGGCGGAGAAGUUGAAUGGACUUCCGGCGGCGCUACGGAUCAAAGAGGAACUAGCGAAGAACAUGCUGCAGCAUCAUAACCCACAACUUCCACAGGUUCCUCUAUUCAAUCCGUUCGAGAAUCCCUUCGAAGCAUCCAAGCGCAUGAAGCUGGAGGGUGGCGACAGCUGGUGGAACAUUCCCGGCCUCCACCGGAAUGAUUCUCUGUUCGAAAACCUCAAGCCUGGUCGCGGUGAUCGCGGUCCCGGAAGCCUUCUGCACCCAAUGAUGAAGAAGGAACACAAAUCCCGCAACGAUACGUGCGAAUACUGCGGUAAGGUGUUCAAGAACUGCUCCAAUCUAACGGUCCACCGGCGCAGCCAUACCGGUGAGAAGCCUUACAAAUGUGAACUAUGUUCCUACGCGUGUGCCCAGAGUUCCAAGCUCACCCGGCACAUGAAAACGCACGGCCGCUUGGGCAAAGACGUCUACCGGUGUCGAUUUUGCGAGAUGCCGUUCAGUGUACCGUCGACUCUGGAGAAACACAUGCGCAAGUGCGUGGUCAACCAGGGUAAACUACAGCAGCAACGUGCCCAACAGCAGCAGCAGCAUGAACUCCAACACCUACAGCAUCAGCAACAGCUGCACCACCAGCAACAGUUGGCCGCGCAACAGCAACUAGCCGCCCAACAGAUGGCAGCAGCAGCGGCGGCGGCUCAGCAACAACAAGCCGCCGCCGUUGCAGCCGCCGCUCAGCAGCACCAACAUCGAGAGCACAUGCAGCAACAACUGCAGCAGCAUCAACCCGGCGCACCGCAAGGUCCGAUGAUGCCGGUGUCGCCCAACCAAGCGCCGCAGAUUCCGUCGGGACUUCUGCUACCGCCACUGCCCAUCAUCCCACCCAUGGGUUCCCUGGUGGACCACCAGGAACGGACAAGCACACCCUCCAGCAGCAACCCCGCCACUCCGAUUAUCAAGGAGGAAGCGGCCACCGCAUGACUUUACCCCCCAUGGAGUGGUUACGAGCUACCCCCCAAUCGCAUGAUGUCCAGAAUCUACUAAGACAAAACAGAAACCCGGACGGAACGUACGGGAUCCUCCGGGCAGCGAUCCUCUAAGUUUUGUCCGCUUUUCCGGCAACGGACAGGGUUCUACCAUUUUAAGGCACACCGUUUUACGACGAAAAUAGAGGCAUUAAUACCAAAGUUUAAAAAAAGAGCGAGAAGACAGAAUUAUUAGAUAAAUGAUUUUUAUUUUCUCCACCUUGUACAUAGUAGUUGUAAGCGAAAAGAAUGGCAUUUAAUUUUAUAGUUUAAUAUAACGAUAAAUUAUUCCCCUUUUACGAAGAGACACCCGGCAAACAUGUACAUUCUUCCCGAUAUUUUAUAUAAGAGACAAAUAAACAAAACCUAAAAAGUGAUUGAAUUUUAAAGCGAAAAUGUCACCCAAUAAAAAAAAAGAAUCAGAAUAAUCUGUUGCGAUUGUUGUUGACGAAUGAAAUGAACGGUCAUGUUUUUGUUGAUAGUUUUAUCCUCUUUUUUUUUUUGUAGAAGCUUUUAUUUCUAUACCCUCUAACUCCUCUCUUUGUGUAAGAUAAUUGUUUAGGCUAAUUGUAAUCACCAAAAAAAAAAACAAAAGAAGGAAACAUUUUCCACGGAGCGUUUCACUUGUUCGGUUUCAUCUCUUAUUAGAUCCUUGCUUUAUUAUAUUUCUGUUGUGGUUAGAGUCACCUCUGCGACGGUUUCUCACUUUUUGGAGGUUAUGUUUCAUCCGUUCCCGUUUGUACAUAGUUGUGAUUUCCGGAUCUGUAAAAUAUUCCAGCUGGCAGUCGAAGUUCUUUUUCUUUUUCUCUACAUCGUGCUAGGUUAUACGUUAAGACUGAUCUAUUUUCUCUGCGUUUUUAGAAUAAUUUUAUUGGAUUAUUUAUUGGAUCCUUUGGAUCCAUUCUUUUGAAGCAUUUUGUAGACACUCCCCCCUCUAAAAAAAAGAAAAGUAGGAGGAGUGCCUAUAAAAUCGGAAAGAGCGUCAAAUUGUGCAUUCUACUCCAGCUAAAGACAAACAAAUUAUUCCACUCCCCACUCCCGAAAAGCUUAAGCACAAUUUAUAAGUUUCAAUAGUUUGACAUUCCCGAAACCUUUUCCGUUAGCGAGAGUUUUUCGAACUUGAAACUCGGAUCGAACACUCUUUUUUUUCUGGAGAAAGUUGUAGUCACGAAACAAACAAAAAAGUUGAUUUUAACUUCUAAGACGGCAUAAAAAAAAAGAAACAAGAAAAGAUAAAAAUCACACGAAGAUUCCUAUUAAACAUUAUGAAUUUAUGUAAAUGUACAAAUUGAACCUAAGUAUAAACAAGAAUACGAUGGGAAAAAAUCAAGUAAUAAAACAAAAAGAAAAAUUAGUAAUUUAUUUAAUGGAGAGACAAACAAAAAAAAAACUCCGCAAACAAUAAACCCACGUUCGGUAGUAGAAAGAUUGGCGACGUAGGGGAAACCGAAAAACCAUGCACAUUACAGGCAUUAUACAAUUCUCACACAUACAUAGACAACACAAUACACGCCACAAACACACCCACGAUGAAACGAGCAUACUUAUUAUACAAGAACUAAAACACACACAAAAAAAUAUUUAAUCGAAGUGAACAAAAUCCCAUUAUUGUAUUUAAUGCAAGAAUAGCGAAAUACCGAGAAAAAAAACAAGAUCAGAAAAAAAUGCAUACAAGAAAUCCUAUAUUGUAUAACGAUAAUAAAA